UCUAGGCAGCAUGCUCUGUUGCUUUUCGUUUCCACAAUUAUUUUGCUUGGGGUUACUCUUUUCCUUACGGGCUCCUUGUUAUAACUAACCAUGCAUCUUUUUCCAUGGUAGGUCUUUCGGAACACCAUGUUUGGACCAGAACGACGUCCUCAGCAUUGCUGUGCAUGGCUUGGUGUUGCUAGUAGCUUUCCAGAGUGUGCUUCUCCAAUUGUUCCAGAAGAGGUAACGAAAAUUGGGCGAGAUGCAGUCCUAUAUGUUGAGUCUCUUAUUGAAUCUAUCAUUGGAGGAUUGGAGGGAUUAAUCAAUAGUCUUGAUUCUGAAGGAGGAUUUGGUGCCUUAGAGGCUCAGCUUCUUCCAGAGCAGGCUGCUUUUUAUUUGAAUGACACAUCCAGAGUUUCAAUUCCUACAUCAAAAUCUACCAAGGGAGGGGGAGCAGUUGGCUUUCCUUUGCCUGGCCAUGAGAGCUACCCUGAAAAUAAUAGUGCUAUAAAAAUGUGUGGAAUUUAACUUGUGCUGCUUUUCAUGGAUAAUCUGUAAUGAUACAACAUGUCUUGAUUC